GAAGUUUUCCACACUAAACAUCAAAACAUCUUAAAACAAUCCCACAAUACCAAACAUGUUCAGACUCGUUGUCAUCGGUAUGCUUGUAGCUGUAGCCAGCGCAGGACUCAUCGGCGAUUAUGGACACGGAGGAUUAUUGGCAGGACACGGAGGAUUAUUGGCAGGACCGGCGGUGGUGCACGCAGCCCCAACCUAUGUUGCGGCUCCCGUCGCUCUGAAGACAUCCCUUGCCACCAGCUACGCAAACGGCAACAGCAUCUCAUUGAACCCCGUCCCGGUAGCCGUCCACGCCGCUCCGGCCGUCGUCCACGCCGCCCCAGUCGUCGUCAAAUCCGCUCCGAUUCUCUUAGGAGGUCUUGGUGGAUACGGAGGACUCGGUCUCGGCGGUCACGGAUACGGUCACUAAAUCCACGAAACUCGAGCAGCAUCUGCGAAAGAAUGAAAGAAAGAAAAAAACACCACAGCACACACCAUCC